AUGGCAUCGGCUCAAGAACACCAGGGCCAAGCGGGCUUUGCACGCCCCGAUCGUUUUACUAUUGGCUUCGCGAUUGCCAUUGUCAGAUCGAAGCCGCCAGAAAUCAGUGUUGGCGGUAUGUUCUGGUUGAGAGGACAAGGAGACAGUCGCUAACAUGUUUCGCAGAAUACAUUCGCCUGUUGAAGCUUCACAUCGCCAAGGGUCGGAGGCAAGAUGCCGUCAGCACUGUCCAUCGCCACCUCGACCGGUCUGCAUUCUGGCGGUCCGAAUAUGAACGCAUGAAAGACUCGUUCAAGAGUGUAGAAGACGAGGCCACGGACCUUCGCCGAGAGAUCGUGGUGCUGAAAAGCGAGCUCAAUGCAGCGAAGCCCGCAAGUUCGACCAAGAAGCGGAAGAAGGGAGUCGAAGAGGAUACGCCUCUGCCACGCCCAGCAAAGAAGGGCAGAAUUAUUGCACUGCCUGUCAAAACAAUUCUGAUGCCCUUUGACCACCCUUCUGAAAUAGAAUUGUCGGAGUCCGGCCAGAUAGGUAUGAAGCUCCUGCUUGUCCACCAUGUUAGAUUGUCUAAUGGACCUGGCAGGCAACGUUUUGAUGCGACAUAUCUUUCGGAUUCAGACAGCUUCGAAGCAGCAUCAACACAGCGACGCUUCUGAGCUCGCCUAUCACCUGCAGCAAGCAGUCGCGACGAUUUCAGAACUCGUCCAGCGAGAGAUUAGAGCAUGUAUGGACGACGCGGAUUCCGACCGACUCAGAAAGACACUGGUUGUUAUCACACGCUCAAUUGUAUCUGUCUUCGUCGGUUUCAAGAAACUCAGCUCCGAGGAUGACGGGUUAACAAUGCAAGGCAAGGUUGUCUACGCCGUUGUGAUGAUGUUCAAGAACUUGCUCUCCGGGAUCGAUACCAUCUCUACCGCCGAAAUAGAGAAGACAGUGGGGACUGCGUCCAGUGGCACAGCGCCCACUUCGAAGAAUUCGAAAGGCAAUGGCAAGGCUGUAUCGACUCAGCAGUCACCAAUGCUCAGCACCUUGACCAGCUUCAUUGGAGAUGUCGUCCAUCUACUCGAUGCCAAAGUCGAAGCCAACCGGGCUCUUUUCGAAGGCUUUACAUACUGCACCCUUGAACUUCUCGGUGCUCGGCUCUUCUCAUCGACAUUUGGCCACAUUAGAGCGUCGACAAUCGAAGCGGAGAUCAGGCAAGGCGAUGCUCAGGACGAAUCGACUCAGCAGCAGAUCAGAGUGGAAGCUCCGUAUUUGAUCCAUCUACUGCAUCGAGUCAUGUUGGCGGCACCAUCACAUCUCGGGUCUGCGAUUACAAAGGGCGGCAAGCCGAGGAGCAUGAUCAAACACAAGAACUCGCCCAAAGACGCGCUCGCAGUCGCUGCGGGACAGUGUUUGCAGAGGACGCUGGUGAACAGUAUCUUCGGUACGGAAGGUAUCGAUGAAGAGGAUCCCUUCAUGGAUUGCUUGAAGAUGCCGAGCGCUGCGGGAGGCCCUGUUUCCAUGCCGAAAGGCAAGGACACCGAUUUCCAGGAGUGGUACAAGGAGGAAGUGUGGCGCUUGCUUGGCUGGGAGAUUCUUGCGAGGGAGGAUGGGUUGCCAAAGAAGGCAGAAGACGCUUGA